AUGUCCGAAUCAGACACCAGCACAAGCGGAAACAGCGCUGAUGAAAGUGAUAAUGCCGAAGCCAUCAAGGACUACGAAUUUUAUGUGAAAAACAAGCUGUUGGAAUCGGAAGACGCGGAAAUUCGAAAUGAAAUUGAGUAUAAAGUAAGCCAAAAGAGUCUUCUUCCCUAUUCUUUGGACGAUUGGGGAAAAGGACCAUUGGGGAAACCGAAAAGUAUUAUUUUUCUUCGAUGAAAGUGUGAAAUUAGGAUAAUGGAGGGUGCUGAUUUCGAAAAUUACAUUCAUUUUUUUGAUGUUUACUUUUUUCCUUAGGUAGUACUGUAAAGUAGUAAUUUUUUGAAUUUUUUUCAUGAAUACUCGAUUUUGGGGUUUCCGAUGGUGCUGCUUUCAAAUCAGAAAAAAUGAAUAAGAUUUUCAAAAUCAGCACCAUCGAAACCCCCCAAAUUGAGUAUUUGUGAAAAAAAUUCAACAAAUUAAUACUUUACAGUACUACUUAAGGAAAAAAAGUUAAUAAAUGGUGCAGAUUUUGAAAAUCUUAUUCAUUUUUUUUUUGAUUUGAACCAAAACUCCAAAUCAAGUAUAAAAAAUUCAAAAAAAUUACUACUUUACAGUACUAUUUAAGGAAAAAAGUAAGGAUCAAAAAAAAAUGAAUGUAAUUUUCGAAAUCAGCACCCCCAAUUAUCCUAAUUUGACACUUGCAUCGAAGAAAAAUAAUACUUUUCGGUUUCCCCAAUCGUCCCAGUGGGGGUCCUGAUCCAGUGGCAAAAAACGUGCCAUUAUGCAUCCGGGAAGUAUCAAAAAUGUGGCAAAAUACCUCCCUCUCCAAGUGAAAAAACUCAGAUUUCAAAAGCGCGCCCUUCAAAACGAAGUUUUUUCACUUGGAGAGGGAGGCAUUUUGCCACAUUUUUGAUGCUUCCCGGAUGCAAAAUGAUACAUUUUUGCCACUGGAUCAGAUCCGUCUUGUACCUUUCCCCAAUCAUCCCAGUUCCUUCCUAUUUCACCAAUAUUUUUUCCCAUUUUUAGGAACUCAACGAGCUUCCAGUCGAUUAUCUCCGCGCCCUCCAGUCCAACCUCUACCUCUACUAUUUGCCCGCCCUGCUCGUAGUGAUCCCACUUUUAUGGUACUUGACCACAUUCCCCUACAGAGCCGCUCUCCAGCCACUAGAUCCCACGUUGAACGACAUCUGGGUGCCCUACAAUAUUACCUUAUACACAAGCCAAAAAUGGAGAAAUUCAGCGGAAAAAUCGCUGAAAAACUUGAGAAAUGAGUUCAGAAUGGCCAAAUUUGUAGUGAAAUACGAAGACAUAGAGGAGUUUACAAAAUUUUCCGAGAAUUUGGACCAAAAUUCAUUGAAUAUUGCUGUUUUUGAGGCGAAAACAGAGGAAAGUGUCCGAUUCGAAAAGGAAAACUUGAUUUUUAUGAAUAUAAAAAAUUUGGAAUCCUUGGAAGAACUGAUGAAGAAGAUACUGGGUCUAGAACGCCUCGAAAUCAUCACGAAAACCGAUGAAAACACCCUUGAUGUUGUAAGUUUUUUCAAUUUUUUUUUUCUGUUUUUAGGCAUGAAAUACACUGACGGACCUGAUCCAGUGGCAAAAAACUUUCCAUUUUGCAUCCGGGAAGCAUCAAAAAUGUGGCAAAAUGCUUCCCUCUUCAAGUGAAAAAACUUCGUUUUGAAGGGCGGCUUUUGAAAUUGGAGUUUUUUCACUUGAAGAGGGAGGUAUUUUGCCACAUUUUUGAUACUUCCCGGAUCCAAAAUGGUACGUUUUUUGCCACUGGAUCAGCUAAGGUGAAAAGCGAUGAAUUUGCAGCAAACUCUCAGUGUGUGGGAUCGAAUGCCGAUAUCGAACUUUUAUCACGUCCAAUUGAUCUACCUGCACGAGAAUGCGGCACGAAAUGCGGAGACGGAAGAGAAAAUCCGCCGCGAAACCGAGAAAUUCAUCCAGUUCGCAAGCAAAUACGGGUUUUAUGCUGAUAUCGGAGUGGAACAUUUGUGGGAUUUUGAUGUCGAAGGGUAUAUUCAGGUACGAGAAGGCGAUUGAAGAGGAUUUUUGAGGGAUUUGAGAGGAAAAUUUGGGAUUUUUGAGAUUUUUUUAUGUUUUUUGGAGGUCCUUUGGAAUUUUGAGGAAAAUGUGAAAUUACAGUAAUCCAGAGUGUGUUUUGGGGGUUUAUUAGCUGUUUUAUUGAAGAAGGAGUCUUCUGAAAGCGUUUUCAAUUUUUUAUUUGACCUUUUUAUUGACCAUCUCAGACCAUGUGUAAUAUAACAUUGAUUACAGACUGACCGAAAAACUGGUCAGAAGCAGCUCAGAAAUGAACAAAUUGAAGCCCUGACGACGGAAGUCAGCAAAGGAACACCGUGGAUGCGAUCUCUCGGCAUUGACAAGCCUUUGAUUAAAAUUGCCAUCUUCAGCACCGAAAAUUCGGUGAAAAUCGAGGAAAAUGUAAGAAAAUUCGGUUUAAAAGUGGAGUAAAAUCUUGGAUUAGGGUUGUAGAAUAUGUGUCAGUUGUUUAUUUUAUUUUAAAAUGUGUUUUAAAGCCAUUUCAGGCAUGAAAAAUCAAAAAAUCACCUUAUUUUAGGCUAAAAUUUCUAAAAUGUGUGCAAGAUUGAUGAAAAUAGAUUUAGUUUGAGAUUAUUUUUGUUGGAAAUUCUUUUUAAUACCUCGACAAUGUUUUAUGAAAAAAUUAAAGACGAAUUGAACAUCUGGUUGACAAAAAUUUACCUUAUUUUAGGCCAUCUCCCUCAACGGUCAUAUUGUGGCUUCGUGGGGAGGAGUUACCUCUUUUUCGACCAAGAAAUCGCCCACCGAAGAAAUUAGACGAGUCUUCUCGGCGAUUGCGGACAUUAUUCAGGCUCAAAUUGGCAUCACCACACUACCAGAGAGCCUGGAAAUUACCCAUGAUGACCUAAAAUCAUAUCCGAUAAAAGUCGCUAAAAAUCCGGCCAGAUUGCCCGUGGAAUACGAGUGGAGACGGUUCGAGAAAGCCGCAUUCCUCGAGCACUGCCUCAGGGCGCGCGCGGCACUCCGCUCGAUCCAUUUGCUGCGCCAAAAAUUGGAAUUCAUGGUGAUUACGAGGGAAGUGGCGGUGCAUUUCUACGAAGCUCACGAAAUAUUGGUCCAGACUUUGUUGGAAGCCAGAGUGUAUGCGAAGCUAGGUGAGUAUUGGAGGAAUUGGGAAGGGUUUCAACAGCAAUCAGGGGCCGAUAUUGUAGUAGAUAAAAAAUGGGGGUAAAAGGGAAAAUUUUGAAUAAAUUAAUGUAAUUUGAGGCAGUUAGGCUUUAUAAAAGGGGGUUUGAGGAGUGCUAGUGGUGGUAGGUUUGCUGAAAAGUUGUUUUGAAUACAAUUAGAGAGGUAAAUUUUAGGUUUAGCUAAAAAAUUUUUGAUUUUUGACCUGAUGACUAAGAUAAGGUGAAUUUAUGUCGAAAAGCCUUUCGAACUUGGUUUUUAUUGAUUUCUAGUGGUAGUUCGUGGACCUGAGAGUAAUUUUAGAAAGCAAAAUGGUAGUUGAAUUCCAGAUUUGACCGAAAUCCGACCAUUUUUUGCCAAAAACAUCUAAAAUAAGGUAGUUUAUACGAAAUUUUUUAAAUUUUUUUUGCUUUUUCAUUUGGAAUUUUGUUUUUUAUGACUACUUAGCUUUAUAAUGCUUUGUUACCUUUCCAAAAAAAAUAUAAUUUCCCCAUUGUUAGGCCUGCAAAAAGCGAUCCGCGCCCGUUUGUUGGCGGAGAAAGCCGGCGCCCACAAAGACCUCAUUGACAACCUCGAUUUUCCCUUCGAAAAUCGCUACGCCAUGUAUAUCUCGCUGUUCCUACCGAUUUAUCACAUGGUUUUUGGUGGAAUUGUGGCCGCAAUUUCAUUCAUGAUCUUCUUUUACAAGGUCAAACGAGGCAAAGAUUUGGAAGGAAAAAUGCUCCCGUUUUAUUGA